AUGUCUAUUGCCUCUCAACAUAACACUUUGGAAAUUUUAGCUCUUUCACCGGAAGAAUACAGGAAAAGAAAAGUUGCAUUAAUAACAGGUAUAACUGGACAGGAUGGUUCAUAUCUCACAGAAUUUCUUUUAGAUAAAGGAUAUUCUGUUCAUGGCAUUAUUCGCAGAUCUUCUUCUUUUAAUACUGGAAGACUCGAACAUUUGUAUAAAGAUCAGCACGAACGACCCAAAAUGCUUCUUCAUUAUGGCGAUUUAACGGAUUCUACGAAUUUGGUACACGUUAUUUCCCAAGUUUUGCCAACUGAAAUUUAUAAUUUAGGAGCCCAAUCCCACGUGAAGGUCUCAUUCGAUAUGGCUGAAUAUACUGGUGAUGUAGAUGGUUUAGGUACUUUGCGUUUACUGGAUGCCAUUCGUACUUGUGGACUCACUAAGCACAUUAGAUUCUAUCAAGCUUCUACUUCAGAACUUUAUGGUAAAGUAGUAGAAACACCUCAAUCGGAGACCACUCCUUUCUACCCACGAUCACCUUACGGUGUCGCGAAGCUUUAUGCUUACUGGAUUGUUGUAAAUUAUCGUGAAGCGUAUGACAUGUAUGCUUGUAAUGGCGUUCUCUUUAACCAUGAAUCUCCCAGACGUGGUCGUACAUUUGUAACACGAAAAAUUUCACGCGCUGUAGCUGACAUCCAUCUUAAUAAACAAGAAUGCCUUUGGCUUGGUAACAUUGAUUCUAAACGUGAUUGGGGUCAUGCUAGAGAUUAUAUAGAGGGAAUGUGGUUGAUGCUUCAACAAGACACGCCAGAUGAUUAUGUUUUAGCAACCGGAGAAACUCAUUCUGUACGCGAAUUCGUCGAAAAGGCCUUUGCUGUAGUAAAUAUCACCAUUGUAUGGGAAGGCGAAGGUGAAAAUAUUGUUGGCCGCGACGCGGCAACGGGUAAAGUUCGUGUUCAUGUUGAUCCAAAAUAUUUUCGUCCAACUGAAGUGGAUUUGUUGCUUGGCAAUCCUACUAAAGCGCAAAAAAUUUUGGGAUGGAAACGAAAGGUUGAUUUUGAUUCGUUAGUAAGAGAGAUGGUGUUGGCGGAUAUUGAAGGCUCAAAAUUAAAUCACGACAAUUAG